UGUGUAUUAUAUAAUUUCCAUACCAUACCAUACAUUCCAUCGUCACCAUUGUCAUUAUAUUUAUAUUACUAUUAUCAUCAACAUCACAAUCAUCAUUGCCAUAAUCAUCAUCGAUCGAGAUCAUCACCAUUAUUGUUGAAGAUAAACUAUAUCUGUCUUUCUGUAUUCGCCCAUUUAUUUACCUAUCUAUUUAUAGGCUCGUUGCAAAUACUUCUGGCACUCUAUAGGAAAGCGAAGAAGGCGGAAAUACAGCCAGCCGAGCCUCAAACUGGUCAUUGGGUACACAACUUUGCUGCUUUAUCAAUACAUCGGCGUAAACAUUGGGUAGUGACCGUAAAAGGGUUCAGUCGAUACAUCUGGGAUUUUGAGGGUUCGAGCAAUCAGAACAUAUAUGGUAUAUAUCAAUCCCAUGGUGCAUUGCAGAUAUCGAACAGCGAAGAAAGCUUGAAUGCGUACGACGUUCAACACGGUUGGGACUGGACACGAGUACCAGGAACAACAACAAUAAGGUUAAGUUUGCAUGAAUUGAAGAUGCUGAACGUUAAUAGGUAUUAUCAACCUUCAAAGUUGGUUGGUGGUGUGGUAUUGACCAGUAAAGAUCCACGUUUGGCGAAUGGAGUCUUUGCAAUGAGAUUUCAUCGCCCUUUAUAUGGUUCUGGGCAUGGUAAAACGGCUGGGUAUGGCAGAAAAAGGACGAUUAAUUGCAAACCAGUAAGUACACUGCAGUGCACUUCGGGGGUUCAAGUAAACUUUGAGCCCGUUUUCCAUGAGGUAAACGAGAAAACGGCAGGAAAAUAUAUUACUUACAUUUUGCAUACGUUAUACUAAUUUAAACUGUAUUUGCCUCCUAAAAGUACUGGUGCCAGUUGUUCAAAAGCCGGUUAGCCUAACCCCGGGUUAACACAAAUCUACAAAUUAAAUUUUCCAACUGCUGACCAAUCAAGUUGAAUAUGUUUUUCCAGAAAUCUUUUCUGGUUCAAUAGAGAUUUUAUUUUCUAAAGUUUUGAACCGAAUGAUAUACAGAAAUACAGAAACAAAAACAGCAGGUUAAAAUUUAACCCAAGGUUAGCGCUAAUUGGGCUCUGAACAACCAGCCCCAGCUCUUUCUUUACAAACAGCCGUUAAGUAGCAAUAGUCAGUGAAUUAAUAGACACAUUUAUUUGGCUAACGAGUAACGUUUGUUUAUAACCAAUUCACAACUUUAGAUAACUCAGACGUGCCUAGUUACUAUUGUUCUAGUUUAGAGAAGCAUAGGAUGGAACAAAGGUAUAACUAAGCUUCAGAAUGAUCUACACGAGUGACUAAUAACUGUUCUACAGUGUGUCCCAAAAACCCCCACAAAACCAUUGAAAUAACGUAUUGUUAAAAUUUGAAUGCCCUAGCACUAAGCUGAACGCAAAGAUGCGUAAAAUAUUGACAAAGGAGUCUAUAUUAUAUACAGACUUAUUAAGAAAUUAUAAUAUCUUUGUAAAGCGCACGAUUUUCUGCUCUUGGGAAUUUAAAACAGCUUCUUAAACAGUUUCUUUAUGCAUAAAAUUUACUUAUGUCACGCUUUGAUGCACAUGUGGGUUCAGUAUACAGGGUGUAUAAAAAAAGGAUACCUUUAGAAAUCAAGCAUAUUGUUAAAAUUUGAAUGCCUUUUCAAUUGUACAUAUGCUAAAACGUGGUGCGUGAAAUAUUGAUGGAGUGCAUAUAUUAGAAAAAGAAAUUAUAAUUUGAAUCCUGGAGCACUUUGCUAAGCCCACGAGUGCGUAACAUGCGAUCUACGUACAGUAUCCAUGGCUGAUUGUUCCCAGGAGCAGACAAUCUUUUGUUCAAACGUUAUUUCAAUUUCUAAAGGUCUCCUUUUUCUAAUAUAUGCACCCCAUCAAUAUUUCACGUACUACGGUUCAGCAUAUAUGCAAUUGAAAAGGCAUUCAAAUUUUAACAAUAUGGUUGAUUUCUAAAGGUCUCCUUUUUUUAUACAGGGUGUAUAAAAAAAAACGCAACCUCGGAAUUUCCCAAGAAAUCGACAUUGUUUUGAAGACAAAAGAUUUUAGGCGCCUAGGGAAUUUAAAAUAACACAACUGUCAAAAUUACUGCACACGCGAGUGCAUAAAGCAAACUUUAUGCAUUUAUUUAAUGCACAACAACAGUAAUAUGAUCUAUUAGCAAUUCGAUUUCAAUUCCCAGGGGCCUAAAAUCUUUUAUGCUUAAGAAUUGUAAAGUGAUUUCUUAGGAAAUUCCGAGGUUGCGUUUUUUUUUAUACACCCUGUAGAUCGCAUUUUUGAUGGCGACUAACAAUGAGCUGUGUAAAAAUCUGAAACACUAAUAGUAGUAUAUGCAUUCACAGGGUGUAUUGUAUUUUUUUCUCCCAUUCGUAUAUAUCCUUGCAUUCCUGUAUAUUUUGCGCUCCCCACUUUUCUUCCUUUGUGCCACACCAAACAUGCAAGCCCAGGACUUUUAUCGCUUAACAUUUGUAUUAUUAUCUGUGCCCGUUGACAGCCUCUCAAGUUUAGAUGUGGGCCUGGAAUUUUUUUUGAAGCCCUGUCUUUAAUUGUUUCUUUUGUGCCUCCAAGAGCGUGUAUAGUUGAAAGUUGCCCUGUUCAGCAAUUGACAUCGGAAUUUUCUGUGUAGAUCUUCGUUGUUGAUGUAUUAGCAGGGAUAUGUUAUUUAUAGAUGAGUUCACGGUGAUUCGUAUUCAGUAAUAUAAGAAGUUUUUGUCUAGAUCACCAUUGUUAAUACAUCAUUAUUUUUUCAAAUGAGGUUUGACUUUUGACUUUGAAAGGACAAAGAACAAUCUGUAUCAUGCCCUAACCAGGUUUAGGCUUUAGGGGGCUUAUACCAUGCAGAAUACCAAUUAAGGCAGACACUCGAUAUUACUUGCUCAAUAGGAAAUGCAGGACGCUUUAUCUCGUAUUUCGACUUAGUUUGACAAUAAAACACAGCAUACAAAACGUGAAAUGGUCUAAAUACCAAUAAUACAAUAUACCUGAAAUCGGCCAGGCUUGAUCUGAUAUCGAAAACAAACAAACUAUGGAUCGUAAUACGAUUAACGUUACAAUAUUGUUCUAGAUGCCAGCUGCAUACUGGCAGGCUUACGUUGAAAAAUCAGACAAACUUAAAGACCCGAUGAAAUAUUUAGAAACAGCGAACACGUUUACUGGAAAAGAACUGCUCUCAGCUGAUUGUAUGGAAAAGAUAAAAAAUACCGUAUGUGUGCCGCUGUAUUGCAGUGAGGAUGAGAAAAGCAUCAUUGUUCCUAAUUUGCAAGACAAGUGUAAUGGUGUAUUGGAAUGGUAAGGUUUUGUUAUAUCAUUAUGUUUUGCGCAUGCGUAGGCUGUUUGUGAUUCGGGUCAGGACUAAAAAGCAAGCUCAAGCCCCCCUCCCCCCUCCCCAAUAAUUUCCAUUUGUGUGAGCAAAACACACAAAAGGACUGGAAAAGUGCGAAAGCAAUUCAGAUUUAUUCUUGAGCCCUUCCAAUAUUGAUUUACUUCCGACAGCCUUGAAAAGAAAUAUAUAUUCGUGCAUGAAUAUUUGAGGAUGCAACCUAUACUAGAUUUCAUUUGGUUCUAGCUGCAUUCGUUCCAAGGUGUUCCUUGGCUUGGCUUGACCGUUUGUAACAUAGUUAUGUUAUAGCUUAACCGUAUGUUACAGUUGCUUGAUCGUAUGAUCAUGUUAUAACCAUUUUCGCUCUAAAUGCCAAUUCACACUACACAUGCAACUUUUGCGUAAAUCUGUCGCAUGCAACUUACUGUGUAAAAUACUAAAACAAGAACACAACUCACGACAACGUAAGCGUUCGUUAAUUCCACUCUCAGGCUUCGUUCGCUACAAUACAAUAGACUUUUCCGGUAUGUAAUUACGUCACAACUACACUGUUUCCAACUCGAACCACCUUAAGAUAGAUUUCAAGUUUGUUUCUCACGGGCUAUGGUCAGAGAAGUAGAACAUCCUUCGUCAAUACAUGCAUAAAAAAAUAAAAAGAAUAUUGGAUUUUGACUAUUAAAUGUGGAUAUAAGCUUAAACACGAAAACGAGGCUGAGGAGCCACGGCCCUUCUUGGCCCCUCAGCUUCGUUUUCAUGUUAAAGCUUAUUUCCAUAAUUAUUGGUCCAAAAAAUAAAUCCAAAUUCCUUUUUAUGAAUGAAGAAAGAAGGAUGUCCUGCCCCUCUGAAACUAAAAACCAAUCCAUUUAAAGUGGUCUUAAGUUGAAAACAGUGUUAGUCGUGACGUAAUUACCGGACAGAUCUAUUGAAGUGGAAAGGUCGAACAGCGGCAUCCACUGGAUGGUUUUUUCAGUUCAGUCAAAGCUUUCUAAAUUUCGGGGGGUGAUCGGUAUAACUGGAUUAAAGUUUAUAAGUAUUGAUAAAUUAAGGGAUUUUUUAUGUUUGGUCUCCAUAUACUAUUGUAUUCGACAACGGGCUCUGACUAGAGCUUGCGCAUAUGACCUUCAACCCCCCCUUCCCGCGUACUGACUCUGGUAAACGAACAUUUCUGUACAGUGCUUCCAUUCUUUUUAAUUGCUUAGAUAGCGAUUGUAAGCAACUUGCUGCUUCGCCAUCUUGCUCUUCAUAUACUAACGCCAAACAAAAAAUUCGUAAAAUCUUUCUUAACAAGCUUACCCUUACUAACCAUAUCGAAGAUCUAUUUUGUAUAAAUUGUAAAUAUUUACUAAAUUGUAAUUGUAUUCAUUACUAAUUAUUUUUUUCUCAAAUGUAAAUAGUCGUAAUCCUUAAUACUUUUUAUGCCUGUAAAUAUCAAAAUAGUGCGAGGGCCGUAUGUUUGAUAACUUUUACGGUUAAUACGUUUUCCCUCGUGAAAUAAAGUUUCUAUUCUAUUCUAUUCUACUAUAUAGUCUAUACACACAGUUUCAUUUUUAUAAAUGUUGAACUUUAAAAAAUGUUGAACUUUAUAGUUGCGCUUUAUAUCAAUCGUCUUUUGUACAACUGGCUGCAGUAUAAGUAUUUUUGGCGAUUUUAUUCUGUCAAUGCAUGAUACUAAAACCUGUAAACCUUAAAUUGGGUUGUGACAUUUUCCUUGUUUUUCAGCAUCAACAAAGCCUCAGACAAAUACGACAAAUUGUCAUCGAUUUUGAAGCCGAUCAAGGACAGCUUAAAAGGAGGAUGUGACAAGGUUGUUGAAGCUAUUAAGGCUGCAACGAGUGAUGCAUAUAUUAUGAGUCAUGCUUCAGAGCUUCUUUUGUUCACCAUUGGCAUUGCUCUUCUUGCAAUGAACUUUCACUGA